GAAUAAAGCAUAGUGGGACUAAAUCUCUCCGAUACGUAACCGAGACGCGUGCAGAUCCCUUCUCCUUCUCCUUCUCUCCAAACCCUAGCGCCGCGAUCGAGGGGAAGCCAGCUCGCUGCACUACAAGCCCUCGAACUCCCCCGACUCGGUCACUUCAGAAAUGGUUUUGAAUGGAGGAGCUCCCCCAAGAGGAAGUGCAGCGGCUGCUGCUGGUAUGCGCAGGAGGAGGACAACAGGUGGUGGUGCUGCCACCGGAGGGGCAAGCGGGACAAUGUUACAGUUCUAUACAGAUGAUGCCCCUGGGCUCAAGAUUUCCCCCAACGUUGUUCUCGUCAUGAGCAUUGGUUUCAUUGCUUUUGUUGCCAUUCUUCAUGUCAUGGGUAAGCUCUACUUGCGGAAGGACGCUUAAGCAUGCAGUAAUUGCGGGAAAGAGAGACCAUUGGAGUUACUUUUGGUUUUUGAAUGAAUAAAAAUAAACCCUAAUGAUGUUUUGAUAAUGUGUGAGUGGUUGGAAUGAUUGACUUUCGGAAUUUUAGCGCAGGUUGGAGGAGAUAUAGGAGUUUUCUGAUUUGUAUUAAACAUUGUUUCAAUAUUUCAAAUGCUACUUGAAUGUUACUUCAAAUAUUUUACAAA